AGUGCAGCCUGUCAGCAGGUAUCAGUGGAAUCAUACAUGUGACAUCUGCAUCGGGACUUUCACUGCACUGAGGUCAACGGAAGAAGACACUUUGGACUUUAGGAGGCUUUAUCGAUCCUGUUUGUGAAUUAUUUUUUUUUUAACAUUUUUUAUUUCUCAUGCUUUGUGUGUGAUGGCUUAUGUUUCAUCAGUUGAUGUGGGAGUUUUGUUUCUUAUCGUGGUGACAGCAUCUUUGGCAAACGGUUCUUCAUCGAGCAACAAUGUGAGCCAGAGGAAGGAGGUGGAGGCAGCCAAGCUGGACGAGCUUGUGACCGGUAGUGUGGACCACCUCGCCAGUGUUCCCUCUCCCAGUGAGGUGAAGCCGUGCCCUGCCUAUGAGCCGCCCAGGCCCAGGAAACGGGCGAAGAGAUGCACAUGUUACACCUACAGAGACAAGGAGUGUGUGUAUUACUGCCACCUAGACAUCAUCUGGAUCAACACGCCAGAGCACACUGUCCCGUAUGGUAUGUCCAGUUACCAGGGUACACUGCGUAUGAGGCGCUCCUCUGGCACUGAGGAGCAGGGGAGGAGGAGGAGGAGGAGGAAGGAAGCGGAGGGCCAGCGCUGCGUGUGUGCACAGCGGAACGACUCUGACUGCAGCAGCUUUUGCAUGAUCAGGCAGCAGAGACAACACAUAGAAGAACUCAAAAUAAACAAGAAGAGAGCACCUCUGCGCAGUGGUCCAACUAUGAAAUUAACGAACAGCAUUUGAAGCGGCAUUUCUGCAGACGGCCGUGUGUUUGUAGUGCGCUCAGUGACUCGUCGUCAGACUGAUGGAUGAAUAGCCGCAAGAGCUGCUCUCACAAAAACUGAAAGGGAGCACGGAUGCUAACAGACAGCUCUCUCUUCCUCUGUCUGUUUGACUGGUGCAGAUGAUGGUUUUCAUUGUCCUGUCAUAACUUAGGAGGGUUUACAAGGCCAGUUUGUGUCGGCAGUAAAAAGACUUUGGAAGAGUGUGUUGCUCACACAUGUUUGUGCCACCCGGAUGUCGAGGCAACUUCAUGAGCUGCUGACAUGUGACUCCACCAUAUCAACUAGUGUUGUUACAACAACACACCACACACUUUUUACAAAGCUGUUUACUCCCCAGGGCAAACUUUUAGCCUGCCUGUCUGUGCCAGCUUGCCGUCUCCCCCAAUAACUUAGCAUUAUUUUAAAAAUAAUAUACAUGUGAUUGUUUAUUAUUUUGGUUAUAAUGUGGCUCCAUCUUGAAUGGAGCUAUAUCAUCAGCAGCAUUUGGGUGAACUGGUUUUACCAGAUUUGAGGAGGUAAACGAACUGGAUGCAAAAAUACUCAAAACUCAUUUUACAGUAUUUACUCAAAUAAGCUGAAUCUUGUGAAGGCUUACAUAUAUUUGUGUUUAAAUAUAAAUAGACUAUGAAUUAUACUUUUUUUGUACAAUACUGAUAUGUACAAUAAAGGUGUAUAAUAAGAUGUUGUAUAUCGAAUUAUAUAUGUGAUCAUGCUAAUCACCAGUCUUCUGUGGUAAGGAACCCAGUCAAGUAAAAAAUAGUGCACCUUGCUGUCCAUUAAGGGUUUCAUCUUAUUUAUCUUUUGUCUUUCAAUGAUUGGACAUCAAUCAUCUGAGCAAGAAAGACGUUAAGAAUGACAACCUCAGGCUACAGAGCGUGGGUUGUUGGAAGUUGAGCAGACUUCCCCAGAAAGAGAGCCACAUGUGAAUCACCUUCAGUCUCAGUAAAAAGGAAGGACAAGGACAUUUGAAAGACUUGUCCCACCUCUGGAUUUAUUCAAUCGUUCAAAUUGCAUUGGUAUAGCCAAUAUUCACAAAUCCCAAUUUGUCACAUAGGGUUUUGCAAAGGUGUGAGAUCCUCUGUCCUUACUUAUUUAAAAGUAUUUGAAGUUCAAACCAGGUUCCUUUUACAUUCACGCAUAAACAAUAUCAUGAAUUUUGCAGGGAAUUUCUUUUGGAUGAAGGAUGUUCAUUUCCCCAGUGUGCGAUCAACAUAACUAUGACACUCAAAGUUGGGUUUAGCUUUGCUUUGUCACCUGUCUGCAUCUAUAGCCUUUAUUUGUCCUGAAUGAUGGCAGCAUGUGUUAAAACCAAACAGUUUAUUGUAUUCUAUAGUGUAUCGUGAGCACAUAAGGCAGAUUUAUACCACUGCCCUGGGGUUACCGGGAUUGGCAGCAAUCGGGAGAAAUGUAUCAUUUUGAUUCAAGUUGCAGAGUAUCUAAAGGAUCUACGAUCAUUUGUAGCGUCUUUGCAAUUGUUCAGUAGCAAGCAUGGGUGGCCACGUGAUAUAAAUUUUCAGGUGUGUGAGUAUGGACAGGGAUCAUAUCAUACUUGGAGCCAAAAUGUGGACAGAGAUCGUUUUAGUUUGAAAACACAAUUUUCAAACGAAAAUGUAGUGCUGACGUAGCCUGGUUGUGUAGCAUGUUGUAAUGUCAAGAAGGCAUCAGUGUCCCAUUUUAGGAGAGAGCAAAGGUCAAGAGUGCAUUCUACCAAUGCUCUUUCCACAAGAGAGGCUUCAAUGUAAGGAAGAGAAGGAAAUCCAUAAACUCAAGGGACAUUUUAGAGUUUUAUUUAAGUUGUUGCAUAUGUGUUAUGUACUUUUGAAGUCUGUUGUUAAUAUACUGCUCGCAGAUAUUAGGUUAUCAGUGGUGAGAAGAAUGAUACUUUCCAUCCGCCGCUCUGUGAGGCCCUGUUCUCUAAACAGAGGUCUGUGUAAGCUCUCAGAAAAAAAAAUCUGGAUUUUGUUUAUGCAGGAUCACAUGUACUAAGGAUGUAAUGAACUUCUCUAUAUAAACCACCGUCAGGUUCACUGAAUGCAUUUUUCAUUUAACCACAGAACAUUUUGGGUCUAAACCAAUCAAAUGCUGAGAUUGUUCAAAUAUAUACCAUGUAUGGGUGGUGAGAAAGGAAUAGUAAAGCCCUCCUCUCGGUUCCAGCAUUAUAGAGGAGAUGUAAUCCUGAGAGCGAGGAUCUCAGGUAAAUCUCAGAGGAAAUUUUCUGCAGAGAACUGAAGAAUCUGAGGGAGAAUAUCUAAGAGGAUUUAAGCAAGAAUCACAUCAAGUUUUAGCAAGGAAUUAUGUAUUUUAUUUUAUUGUCUGUGCUUCACUUAAAUUUAUGUUUAAUCUUUCAUAUAUAUAUGAUGACUUUGUAUUUGCUUGCUAUGCUCAUUAAAAGUACAUCAUUGUGAUCUAUUGAAACACA